CUCAUAAGUAACUCAUCUGCUUGUUUCCUCCUCUUUCUCUCUCCUCCAAAAACGCCCCCAUUUUUUUUUUUCAGACGAACUAAAAAACGCGGCAUUUUCACUCUCACGAACAAAUUCCAAAGGAGAGAGUAACCUGUAAAUUUUGCCAAUUACGCCAAAGACCUCUAAAACCCUAGGAGAGAGAAUUUCCGUCAAUGUAAAUGGUAAAAUGGAGGAUAAGCCACCACUGCCGUCGCCAGCGGAGACGAUCAACCGGCAGCUGGCACACCUCUGUAACUCCGAAGAAUCAAUACCAUGGGAUACUCCUCGCCGCUUUACCUCCUACGCCGGUCGCCUUCACCGCAUUACCAGUAACAUUCUCCGUCUUCAGCCGGAGAUUCUCUCUUCUCCUUCGGUUCAUACUGCUCUUAAAGGAAUUUCCGGUGACCUUGUUAAAUCUGCUGAAAUAAUCUCGGUUUAUAGGGAGAGAAGUAAGAUUUACGUCCUCAUCAAUUGCCGCUCGUUGUGCUCUUCUCUCCAGGAUCGAACGGCUGGGAUUGGCGGAUGGCUUGCGUUGCUUGAGACUGGACUGAAAGAUGUUCCGGAUGUUCGGAAGAAGGUUUCGGAUCUUUCUAGAGACAUGAAGCAAGCUCAGUUCUCUGUGACAGAGAACGAAGCGAGAGUGUACUGCACUUUACAAAAAGAAGGGCAAGGGAAGCCAACUACCAAACCAGUUCAGAGUGCUAUAAUUAUGGAUUUGGCUCGAGCUCUUGGGAUUGACCACACUAACCAUGCCGAGUUAUUGGGACAUGUUAAGCUCUUGAAAAAUGACCUUGCUCGUUCAAAUUCAGUGUCUGAGAGGCGAAUUCUUAUGUCUUUGCAGAGAAUUAUUGACAGCUGGUCUGCUGAGCCAAACAUAUCAGCUCUCAGUUUAGAUUUUGAUCUGGAAGAUGAAUCUCAGAUUUUGCCUUUCAAAAAUUUUCUAUGUCCAUUAACCAAGGAAGUUAUGAAGGAGCCUGUGGUGCUGGAGUCAGGGCAGACUUAUGAGAGGGCUGCAAUUGAUUACUGGUUUCAGCGUUGCUUGGAGGAUGGUCGAGAUCCUACUUGCCCUGUCACAGGCCAGGUGCUGUGCUCGUUGGAGCAGAAGCCAAACAUUGGUUUAUCUGGGGCGAUUGAAGAGUGGGUUAAUAGAAAUGUUGACAUUCAUAUUAAGUCAGCUGUGAAACAUCUUAGUGAGGAUGCACCAUCUGUAGAUUGUGUUGAACGGGUUUUGGAUACCAUUUAUAAGAUAUCAGAAGAGCAUCCAUCAAGCCGAUACAAAGUUAGGAAUGCUGGUGUAGUCGUUCAGAUCGUUUCUUUUCUAAAGAAUUGCUCCUCCAAGAGCAUCAGUUCUGCUUUGAAAUCCAAAGCUCUUAUGGCUUUACUUAGUAUGGCAAAGGAUGAAGAUAGCAAGACAAUUUUGAUUGGGGAAGGCAUUACAAAAUUGGCAAUAAAAAGUCUCGUGGGGAGCACAGAGAAAGAAAAAGAAAAUGCCCUGAGGUUGCUGAUUAAUCUUUCAGACAAUGAAGCUUAUUGUGCAAAAAUUGCAUCUGAGAAAGGUGCUUUUCUUCUUCUUUCAAGCACGGCAGAGAAUUUGGAGUACCCCACUUUGUCCAACUUAGCAGAGGAUGUGCUGAAACGUCUGGAAGUGAUUGACGAAAAUGUUGAACAUUUAGCUGCAGCCGGACGAUUUGAACCUCUACUUUCUCGGCUUUGUGAAGGUUCUUAUAACAUCCAAAUACAGAUGGCAUCAUUGUUGGGGAAGAUGACUUUGACCAAUUGCAGUAAAGAAAAAAUUGCAAAGCGAAGUGCAAAAGUUCUUGGGGAAAUGCUUCAUAUACCAGAAACUCGAACAGCAAGUCUUCAUGCAUUGUGCAACCUUUCAUCUUUGGAUGACAAUGCUACUAUUCUUGUUGAAGCCUCUGUACUUCCAGCCGUCACAUACAUUUUCCUUGAAUCUCAGGAUGCCCUUCCUGAGCAGAAGGAGCUGUCUGCUGCAAUAAUUGCCAACAUUGUGUCAAAUCCAGGGCACUGGGAAUUGGCAGAGAUAAACAAGGAAGGACAUUCAAUGCUUUCGUCCUUCUUUGUCUCUCACCUGAUGCUACUCAUAUCUCAAGUGACCCCUCAGUGCCAAGUGUCUAUUCUUCGUAUCCUCUGUGGAAUUGCUUCUUCUCCUAAGGCAUCUGAACAGGUAGCAACUGACAUAAAAUCGGGGGAUGGCAUCAAAAGCAUUAUGGAAUAUCUUGAACAUCCUGAAACUGAACUUAGAAUAUAUGCUCUCAAACUUAUGAGAAUACUAUCAGAAAGUCCAGGUGGAGAAUUUUUUGACGAGCUCAGACAUCUGAACAAACUCGUCCUUUUAAAAGAGAAAUUACUAGACAACCAGACAACAAAUAGCGAACGGUCUGAUGUUGCUUGCAUAAUUGCAAACAUUCCCCUGUCAGAAGACGAAGUGAGGACUGUUCUAGGAGCUGGUUUCCUGAAAUGGACAGUUAUGACCCUGAAAGAACAUCAAGGGGUUUCCAGUGGAAGAAGUUCAAGGUCAUCAUCAAGUAUGCUAGAAGGGCUCCUUGGUCUUUUACUCCACUUUGCCAGGAGUACAGACACACAGACGCUUGCUUGGGUCAAGGAGCAUCACCUGAUUGCAAUCUUCCGUGAGCAGCUGAGUUUCCUUUCACAACCUAGAUGUAAACAGCUGGCAGUCCUUGGAUUAAAACACUUGUCAGAAUCUGGAAGAGUUAUUGUUUCCGAUGGAGAAUCAGAACCAUUACCUCCACAAGGAUUCUGCUCCUCGAUGGUGUUCAUGUGCGGAAGAUUUUCACCCGAGUUCUCCUCAUGUCCACUGCACAAUGCUCCUUGCGAGGAAGAUAGUGAACUGUGCUUGCUCAAGAGCAACUGCAUCAAACCCUUGGUUAAUCUCCUCCUAGAUGACCAGACUGAAGUUCAAAUAGCUGCUGUAGAGGCACUUUCAACGCUCGUCCCAGAUACUCUUUAUAAUUUCAGGCGUGCUGCUGAUGAACUUGAUCGGCUUGGUGUUGUAGAUGGUGUAGUUAACCUUUUCAUUGAAGUGAGGCCUGGAGAGCUUCAAGAAAAAGCAAUAUGGAUGGUGGAGAGGCUCUUACGAGGGGAAAGCGCAAGUCACACAUAUGCUCUUAACCAGACUUUAGUUAGGGCAUUAGGGGAAGCCUUAAAGCUCGGAAAUGCCAACACAAGAAAACUUGCUCAAGACACACUUACUAACUUGAAGCAGUUAUCUGGUGCUAGUGGCAAGAUUUCAGGUCCGAUACGUCCUUGGAGGUAAUUUAUUUUCUUCAUGGUUAUAUUCUGUUGUAAUUUUUCACAUUAGGUAGUGGAUGUAUUUUUGAAAUCCACAGCUUUGUAUAAUGAAUUGGUGUCUAUACACAAUGUAAAUUGUACUGUAAUCCUAGAAAUCAGUUCGUUUACUGUAGUAUGGUUAA